AUGCAUCCCACGCAACGCCUUCGCAUGUUCCAACCGACACGCCGCAUGAUGCGGCCCGUUCCCAACGAGGAACAAGCUGCACACACCAUCUCCCAACGCCUUCGUCGUCUCCGAAAGAUCCCUCCGGAGUUGCUGCCCCUUGGUGUUGUCGUCGGUUUUGCUGUCAUCGCCGCCGCCUACUCCAGCCUGCGACACUUCAUGACCGACAAGACUAUCCGUCUGAAGCGUCAGAACCGUGCUGCUGACUCCCACAGCGAGGAACAUGGCGAGGGCGCUCACUAG